AUGUAUCUAGAUAUUCAUUCAAUAUUAAUUAAACCUCGUAAAUAUUUAUUGAAUAAGCCACAUUCUCGUAAUUCUAAAAAGCGACGUGAACGAAAAGAAGACAAAUACGCUUAUGCAUUGAAAAAAAAGUCCAAGGAUCAUUACCGUAUGAAAAAAUGUUCAGAUUUUAUGGAUCUGGACGAAAAAGAGGAAGAUGAGAGAUACGAGAAUAAAAAUGAAUCAAAUUCUUUAAUUACUGAUCAUGAUAGCAAAAACAAACGUUUAUUAACACCACAAUCAUCUACGGAACAUUUAUCUAAAGAUUGUCAAGAUUCAAAAUCUGAAGUGAGACCUUUCACUAUGGAUAUUACAAACUUACUUUCUACACCUGACGACGACGAAAGUGUUUCAUCUUCUACAACAGAGGCUGCAAUACCAAGUCCACCAACAACACCUGAUCCUACAACUUUACCUUCUGAACGUUUGCAUAAAAUUAAAUUGAAGAAUAGUGGAAAUUCUUUAUCACGAGAUUUAAUUAAAAAUAUUAAUGACCUGAAUCUUGAUAUGAGUAGCUUGGAUAACAUUAAUCUUAAUGUUAAAUGGAAAAGUAAUCCUUUAGAAAUUUCACAUUUACUUCGUUACGAAGUAUUGCAUAAAACUGAAGCUACUGUUGCAUCUCUUUUAAGACUUACACCAGUACAAUAUUUAACAUCAAAAUACAUACUACUUUCUGCAUCACGUAGAUAUAAGGAACGAAUGUUACCAUUUCGAAAAAGUGAUGCUCAAAAGAUGUUGAAAAUUGAUGUUAACAAAUCAAGUAAACUUUGGGAAUUUUUUGGACAAGCCAAUUGGCUUUAG